AACUUAAACACUUCAUUUUUUUUCUUUUUCUUCGAAGCUUUGGCCAUGGCUUCCCGACCAUUCUGUCUUCUCAUUUCACCCAUUGUUAUCUUCUCCGCCAUAUUUGUCUCAGAUGCUGCUGGUUCGUUCGGGAUUAACUACGGUCGUGUCGCCAACAACUUACCGUCGCCGGAAAAAGUCGUUGAGCUGUUGAAGUCCCAGGGAAUAAACAAAGUGAAGCUCUAUGACACCGACGCCACCGUUCUGACUGCGUUGGCGAACUCCGGGAUCACCGUCGUUGUCGCUCUUCCAAACGAACUCCUCGCCUCAAUGGCCGGCGACCAGUCCGCCGCGGACAACUGGGUUCAAUCCAAUAUAACCAAGUUCUACCCUCAAACAAAGAUUGAAGCCAUAGCUGUCGGGAAUGAAGUGUUUGUGGACCCGAAAAACACGAUCAACUACCUCGUACCCGCCAUGAAAAACAUCCACGCCUCGCUGGUUAAAUCCAAGCUAGAUUCCGCCAUCAAAAUAUCUUCCCCCUUAGCCUUCAGUGCCUUGCAAAACUCAUACCCUUCUUCAGCCGGUUCUUUCAAGCAGGAACUGGUCGAGCCGGUUAUUAAACCCAUGUUGGAUUUCUUGAAACAAACCGGUUCUUACCUCAUGGUAAAUGCGUACCCGUUUUUCGCUUACUCUGCAAAUUCGGAUCAAAUCUCACUGGAUUACGCUUUGUUAAAGGACAACCCGGGUGUAGUGGACUCGGGUAACGGUUUGAAAUACCACAGCCUUUUCGAAGCUCAAAUCGACGCCGUUUUCGCAGCCUUGUCGGCCAUUCAGUACGGCGACGUAAAGAUGGUGGUGACUGAAACAGGGUGGCCUUCAAUGGGAGACGAGAAUGAAAUUGGUGCUAGCGAAGACAAUGCGGCGUCUUACAAUGGUAAUUUGGUACGGAAAGUAUUGAGUGGAAGUGGGACUCCUUUGAGACCUCAAGACCCAAUUAACGUUUACUUAUUUGCCUUGUUCAACGAGAAUCAAAAACCCGGUCCAACUUCGGAAAGGAAUUACGGUUUAUUUUACCCUAAUGAACAAAAGGUAUACAACAUACCAUUAACAGAAGAGGAGGCAAAAGGAGGGCAGUCAACGCCGGUCAAUGGAAAUACUAGUCAGGCUCCUGUUGCCGGAGAAGUGUCGAAGACUCAGGUUGGGCAGACUUGGUGCGUGGCAAACGCGAAAGCCGACCAGGCGAAGUUGCAAGCGGCGUUGGAUUAUGCUUGCGGUGAAGGAGGGGCCGAUUGUAACGCUACUCAACCCGGCGCCACAUGUUUUAGUCCGAACACGCUGGAAGCACAUGCCUCGUAUGCCUUCAACAGCUAUUAUCAGAAGAAGACACGCGCCGCCGGUACGUGCGAAUUCGGCGGUGCGGCUUAUGUUGUCUCACAGCGUCCUGCUUAUGGGAAUUGUGAGUUUCCAACGGGGUACUGAAGUGGAAAUGACUUGGUGGAUUUCAGCCACAGAUUUGUUGGGCUACAAAUUCAACAAUUUCUUCUUCUUCUUCUU